CUAACUUAACUGCUGUGUUGUUGUAGGUUGCUUGUUAAACGUAGCAGAAUUCUGGGACAUUCAUAGAUUAUCGUCACUGAAUAUUACAACAGUGAGAAGAAGAACAGUAUGGAAUUGAUUCCUGAACUCAAAGAUUCCAAAGUAUUUAUUAAAGAUAUUAAGAAAGUAAAGUCAGUUAUAGAGCAGCUUGCAUCUGAUGGAAAAGAUAAGCUACAGGUAAUUACUGAUUUUGAUCGGACCUUCACAAGAUGUUAUUUUAAUGGAGAGACAUGCCCGUCAUCAUAUGGAAUCAUUGAUGACAGCAUUCUACUUCCCUCAUCAUAUCGUGCAAAAGCCACAGCACUACGCAAUCAUUAUUAUUCUAUAGAGAUCUCAGAUGAUAUAUCACUCGAUGAAAAAUACCAACACAUGGUGGACUGGUGGAAUCAAGCCCAUGCAUUGUUAGUGGAACACCAUGUGAUGAAACAUGACAUUGAAGAAAUGGUCCGGCAGUCUAAAGCGCUUUUACGAGAUGGUUGUCAGAAACUCUGUCAGGUGCUACAUACCCACGAUAUACCUCUGCUCGUAUUCUCAGCUGGCGUAGGCGACGUCUUGGAAGAAGUUAUUAAACAACAAGGCUGUUACUAUGACAAUGUUCAUAUUGUGUCCAACUAUAUGGAUUUCAAUAAUGAGGGAAAGCUAAUAGGAUUCAAAGGUGACAUCAUCCACGUCUUCAACAAAAAUGAAAGUGUAAUUCACCAUAGUGACUAUUUUGACAAAAUUGAGAAUCGUAAUAAUGUUAUCUUACUGGGUGAUUCAAUAGGAGAUCUUAAGAUGGCGGACGGUGUUGAGAAUAUGAAUCAAUGUCUGAAAAUAGGGUUUCUCAACGAUAAGGUGGAAUCCAAACUAGAAGACUACAAGAAUAAAUUUGACAUUGUGUUAGUCAACGAUGAAACGAUGGAUGUUGCCAAUGCCAUUAUCAAUAAAAUAAUUUAA